GGGUGGCAGGCACAUCAGGGCUCGUGGUGGUGGAGUGGUGGCAUCCUGCACAGAGCGCGCGAGGAGAGAGGAGAGUUGAGAGGAGUGCACCUGUAAAUGUGCACCUGUCAUCUUUCUCACCUGUGUGCAGCAGCAGGUAUCUUUUUUCUGGAGGAGAGUAUAUAGGGGUGUUGUUAUCCACAGCAGCACUUUGUGUGGAUGAAGACUCCUCUUUGGUUUCUUCAUGGCAAGAAGACUGAAUAAUGGUCGCCUAGCAUGGCUCCUGCACCGACCACCCAGGGACCGGUAUGGCUUUUAGCCGCAUCCGAGCACUGGACCCCCCGUCGAGAGGCUCCUUCUGCAGGAGGAGAGCAGCGGUCAUGCUGUGCUCCUUCCUCACCUCACUCUUCCUCCUGCAGCUCCUCACAGACCGCUGCAGCACCACCACCACCUCCAGCAGCACCUCCAGCACCUCCAGCACCUCCAGCAGACUCCUGCAGGACUUGAGGUCUCUGAGGAGCAGAAGACUUGUGCACGAGGAGUGGAAGCUGCAGGAGUCUUUCAUCCUGCCGCCUCCGGAUUUAGUGUCACCAAGGUUCGCAGGUAAACUCAGUCCUCUCGGAGAAGGAAGCAAGAAGCUGCCGCAGGCUCUCAUCAUCGGGGUGAAGAAAGGAGGCACCCGGGCUCUGCUGGAGUUCCUCCGGGUUCAUCCGGACAUCAGAGCCGUGGGAGCAGAGCCGCACUUCUUCGACCGCAACUAUGACAACGGACUGGAGUGGUACAGGGAGCUGAUGCCCAAGACCCUGGAGGGCCAGAUCACCAUGGAGAAAACCCCCAGCUACUUUGUGACCAGAGAGGCUCCAGCCAGGAUAUCCGCCAUGUCCCGUGACACCAAGCUGAUCGUGGUGGUGAGGGACCCCGUCACCAGGGCCAUCUCGGACUACACGCAGACGCUGUCCAAGAAGCCCGACAUUCCCUCGUUCGAGAGCCUCACCUUCAAAAACAGGACUACGGGGCUCAUCGACACCUCGUGGAGCGCCAUCCAGAUCGGCAUCUACGCCAAGCACCUGGACAACUGGCUGCAGUACUUCCCCAUGGAGCAGAUCCUGUUCGUGAGCGGCGAGCGGCUGAUCAGCGACCCAGCCGGAGAGCUGGGCCGCGUGCAGGACUUCCUGGGGCUCAAGAGGAUCAUCACAGACAAACACUUUUACUUCAACCAGACCAAGGGUUUCCCGUGCCUCAAGAAGGCCGAGGGCAGCAGCAAGCCCCACUGCCUGGGCAAAACCAAAGGGAGGACCCAUCCCAACAUUGACCCUGAGGUGGUGCAGAGGCUACGGGACUUCUACCGGCCCUUCAACAUGAAGUUCUACCAGAUGACUGGGCGCUUUUUUGGCUGGGAUGACUGAAUGUGUUUUUCUCUGAGGACCGUCAGAAAUACUGUAACGGAGUAUUAGGAGCACGAGGGGGGGGAAAUUAGAGGAUAAAGUCCUAAUAUAUUUCAAGAAAAGUCAUAAUGUUACAAUGAGAAAUCUAACAUUACAAAAAAGUUAUAACUUUAAAAGAAUGAAGUCGUAAAAUGUAUGAAAAAUAAGUAGAAUAUUUUGUGAAUAACCCAACACUCACACUUUUGCAGAGCCAGGCAAUGCUAACACAUGCAAAUCUAAUCUAAUAUAUCUAAUUAUGACAUUUUGGUUAUUAUAUACUCAAACAUAAACUUUUCACAAAAAAAUUCUAACUGUAUUCUCUUUAAUUGUAAUAAAUUUACAACUUAAUUCUUGUAAUAUCAUGACUUUUUUGUAACCCUGAGACUUUAUUCUGGGCAAUUAUAAUU